AUGAAUAGUUCUAAAUACAUUUCCAUUUUGAAUGCUUCUAAUAACAAUGGAAGGCGAAAAGCACAAACAGCUGUUAAAGCUAAGGCAAAAAACACAACCAAUAAAAAGAAAAAACAAGCCAGUCAAAAACGUGAAUUGUUAAAAAAGAGUCUCGAAUCUCGUAAAGAAUUUGAGAAUCUCACUACAACAUGGCAAGAGAAACUUUUUGAGCCGGUAGACAUACCAUUACUCCAGGAAUCGGCUAAAUACAUGCAACCUUCACAUUAUUUUGAAGUGGUCGAAGAAAGAAAUGCGUAUAACCUAUGUGGUUUUCCCAUUUGUACUAAAUCUCCUCAAGAAAUUGAAGGACAAUAUCGAAUAUCCCUCCGUGCGCGAAAGAUAUACGAUGUUUCGGAGUUAAAAUGUUACUGUUCCGAUAGAUGCUUACUGGGUUCACGGGUCUUUGCCGCACAAUUAUCCGUUGAGCCUGUGUAUAUGAGAAAUUUUCAAACAUGGCUGCUACCCGAGGUUUUGCCGCUAGAUGUUGAUAUUAGACAGAUAAUGAAACAGAGAAAGCAGGAAGCACAGGCAUCCUCGUUUGCUAGUAAGCAAAAAGAUUAUAUUAAGACGUUGUUGGCAGAACUUCCGCCUGCACCUCCUGGACUCGUGAUCCAAGAAAAGGUCACUGAAAAGAACGACGAUGAUAAAAAUAAUAGUAUGGCUUCUUCAACAAAUCAAAUGACAUAUAUUCAUGAUUCGAUUGAAGGAUACCGGAUAGAAUUCUCGAAAGAGAAAAAUCAGCAGGAUAAAGAAGAAGCAACAAAAGCAGCAACAACGCCAGUCAAACCUACUACUUUGGUGCUUCCUAAAGAAAAAAGUGUGGUCACUGUUACUGAUGCUGCCAAAGAAGUUCCGAAGACUGAUGAAGAUGCAUACGAGUUGGCAAUGUCAAUAGCUAAUGCAAUAAAAUCAAUAAAAACGACCGUAGAGAUUAAAACACAAAAUCAAAAUAUAGGAAUCAGUAAGGGCAAAGAAAAUAAAACACAAAAUCAAAAUAUUCAAAAUAUUAAAACUAAUAAAGAUGAUAAAUCAAAAUAUCGAAAUAUCGAAACUAGUAAAGGAGAUAAAACACAAAAUAUAAAUCAAAUUGUUAAAACUGAUAAAGAAGUUCAAAAAGAAAAUCAACAUCAGCAGAAACAACAAACGGCUCCCCCAUUGGAUCUCAAUUCGCCUACAAACAUGAACAAUAACGACGAUAAUAAUAAGUCAAUUAGUAAAGGUCCAAUAUUGGACUUACGAAUUGUACCUAUAUCUCAAAUCACUCAAGAUGAAACAGAACCUUUUAAUCUCGCUAAUAAGCGAAAGAAACAGAAAAAGAUUGUUCCCAAGAUGUCAAUGUUUGGCAAAAUAUGGACCACAUUGGAUAGGAUGACCACUCAAGAGACACGACUUUACUUGCAUAAAAUGAAAAAUCCAUCGUUAGUAAACGUAGACAUUAAAGAAACGACGAAUAAAAUUGUUGCCUCGAGUGAAGUCGUGAUGCGAAAUAACAUAUUCAGUGAAAAGAUUAUUGAAAGUUUCAAUUUUCUACGAUCUCACUUAUCAAUAACCACAAGUAUUGAAAAUGAACUUUUCGAUCUCAUACGUACCUUCACGAUUGACAAUUCAUCAGUGUUUCUUAAUGACAUUGAAAAUAAUGUUCUUUGCUUGGUUUUUAUUUAUGCGUGA